AUGGCCACCCUUGAAGAGCUCGACGAUCUCGAUCGUCAGGAUCGUAACGAGAAGAAAGGUGAUGAUGAUGUCGAGAUGAAGGACGGAGAGUCCGAAGAGGAUGUUUUGGAUGAGGAAAUUCUCAGUCUCAGCACUCAGGACAUCCUCACCCGCAAGAGGCUGCUUGAGAACGAUUCCAGAAUCAUGAAGAGCGAGUUCCAGCGCUUAUCGCACGAGAAGGCUACGAUGGGCGAGAAGAUCAAGGAGAACAUGGAGAAGAUUGCAAAUAACAGACAACUACCUUACCUCGUCGGUAAUGUUGUCGAGCUGCUCGAUCUAGAUCCUACCGCAGAAUCGUCAGAGGAAGGUGCAAAUAUAGACCUGGAUGCGACAAGAGUAGGAAAAUCUGCUGUUAUCAAGACUUCAACCAGACAAACGAUAUUCCUGCCGCUCAUUGGUCUGGUUGACCCGAACACCCUGAAGCCUGGCGAUCUUAUUGGUGUCAACAAAGACUCCUAUCUCAUCCUCGACACACUCCCCGCCGAAUAUGACUCAAGAGUGAAAGCCAUGGAGGUUGACGAGAAACCUACAGAGAAAUACAGCGAUGUUGGUGGUCUGGACAAGCAGAUAGAAGAAUUGGUCGAGGCUAUCGUCUGGCCAAUGAAGGAGGCGGAGCGAUUUAAGAAAAUCGGCAUCAAGGCGCCGAAGGGCGCUUUGAUGUAUGGGCCUCCCGGAACGGGCAAGACCCUACUUGCCAGGGCCUGCGCCGCGCAGACCGACGCUACCUUCCUCAAGCUUGCUGGUCCCCAACUUGUACAGAUGUUCAUAGGUGAUGGUGCCAAGCUAGUCCGAGACUGCUUUGCUUUAGCGAAGGAGAAGGCGCCUGCGAUUAUCUUCAUCGACGAGCUCGAUGCCGUUGGCACGAAGCGAUUCGACAGCGAGAAGAGCGGUGAUCGAGAAGUUCAGCGAACCAUGUUGGAGCUGCUGAACCAACUGGACGGCUUCGCCUCUGACGACCGUAUCAAGGUUCUUGCAGCAACCAAUCGUGUUGAUGUGCUGGAUCCUGCUCUGCUUCGUUCAGGUCGUCUGGACAGAAAGAUUGAGUUCCCUCUACCGAAUGAGGAGGCAAGAGCCCAGAUUCUCAAGAUUCACAGCCGAAAGAUGAAGGUGGACCCUAAUGUGAACUGGGGCGAAUUGGCGCGUAGCACAGACGAGUUCGGCGGUGCUAUGCUCAAGGCCGUAUGUGUCGAGGCUGGUAUGAUUGCGCUCCGUAUGGGCAAGAACAAGAUCAGCCACGAGCACUAUGUGGAUGCCAUCGCCGAGGUGCAAGCCAAGAAGAAGGAUACUGUCAACUUCUACGCUUAA